AUGUUCCCUCAUAAAAAAGACCAGUCAUUCAUUUCGGUUCCGGUAUCUCGAGUGGGACUGUCCAACCGAUUGAAUCAACUUAAUAACCUAAACGUUAGUCCCAGCAGGAUAUCAUCUAGACCUGGUACACCGGGUGCUACAUAUGUCACUUCGUCUCUCAAUCCAACGAAAAACCUUCCAGUAUCUCAAAAUGAUAUUCAAUCCAAAAUUAAAACACCCAAAGAACUAGAAAAAUUCAACCUGUUAUGCAUAACACAGAGCCUACGGCAAUUCGAGGAAAUUUUCACGGAUUUGAGUCAAUGCAUUUCUUCAUUCAAAGAAGACGCCAUUACACAGAAAGUUGCGGACCUAAUAGAUGUGUCCCAGUCUAUGAGUUCCGAAUUGAAUGUGCUCAGGCAGCACCUGGAUUUGGGUAAGAAAAUAGACCUACUUCUGCAAACUCAAAAUGAGCUUGACAAAGAGGCUAAGCAUAUACUCAAGGAAUUGAUAUCUUGCCGUUCAGAAUUAAAGCGGCUCCCAAAGCUUGCUGCAGCACACGACAGAGUUGAUCCCACUAAUGAAAUCAACGAGGUCAAUGUACAAGAGGUCCUUGAUUACUCGAUGAAAUUGGCAAAAUUCUCAAAGGCGCCUGCAACGGUAGUGUCACAGAUGAUACACCCCAAUAAUUACAUUUGGCCAGCCGAAGACGCUUUGAGGCGUGGCAUGCUUGCUGUUGCUUCACUCAAACCCGAUGAAUUGAUUCAAUCUGAAUUAGGUGACGAUACCCUUCAAGCUCGUGAUGUGGAUAUGAAAGAUGCAUCUCCAGAAAUGCCGGAACUGACGGAAACCUACGAGGCUAAAUCGAACGACGAACAAAAGACAGUCGCUCCAAAAGAUACUCCGAAAUCCCCUGGCCAUUCAAAGCAGCCAACAGAUGCCAGUCUAAAAGAGGAGCUGGCACCAAAUACUCUAGAUUUAGAUCUCUUCGAUCCGGAUGAAGAUUCGGAUUCGGAUUAA